AUGAAGCCUUUGGUGUUUGUUGCGUUCUUAGUCCUGGCCGCUGUUGCCGAGGAGAAGACACAGAAUUCUUUUAAUUUGGAUGUUGGAGAGAUCGAUUUGGGACAUCACACGGAUAUCAAGAAAACGGUGACAUUCUACAAGGGAAUCCCGGAACCUUAUCCAGUCGAAAAGCACAUCGGAUUUCCGGUGUUGAAACACGUUCCAAUCCCUGUGGAAGUCAAAGUGCCGCAUCCGUAUCCUGUGGAGAAAGAGGUGCUGGUACCGGUGAAGAAGUUCGUGAAGGUUGGGUAUGCUGUACCAAAGCCUUACCCGGUUGAGAAGAAGGUGAAAAUACCUGUAAAGGUUUACGUCGAUAAACCGUACCCAAUCAAAGUUUACGUGGAUAAACCAUAUGCAGUUGAGAAACCGGUCCAUGUACCGUACAAGGUUUUCGUGCCGCAUCCGUAUCCGGUUUUGAAGAAAAUCCCAGUUGCUGUUAAAGUACCUGUUCACGUGCAUAAACCUUAUCCGGUUUACAAGAACGUCCCGGUGCCGGUGAAGGUUUACGUCUAUAAAUACGUUCCAAAAUACGUGGAGAAACCAUAUCCAGUUAACGUCGAAAAGAAGAUCCCUGUACCAGUUGAGAAAUACGUUCCAUACCCAGUCAAGGUUCCAGUCGAGCGUUUGGUACCUUACAAGAUCGAAAAACCGUUCCCUGUACCGGUUAAAGAGUUUGUUAAAGUACCAUAUCCAGUCUAUAAAGAGGUUAAAGUACCAGUUGAAAAACUGGUGGGUUAUCCUGUAAAAAUUGAGGUUGAAAACCCGGUACCAAUUGAAAUAAAUAAACCUGUACCAUACAUCGUCGAGAAGGUUGUACCAUAUUACAAAAGCGCAAAAUGGUAA